CCCCCUCCUCGGGGUCCUGCGCGUUAAAAGGCGCGCGGCCCGGCCCGGUUUGCACUUUGCGUUGCACCCGGGCAGAGUGCGGCCGCGACGGGGCGGGCUGACUCUCUGGCGCUCAGAGACGGUCUCGGGUCCUUGGCGCCUGGCGCUCGAAGCUCCAUCCCGACCUCCACCCGGACCCGGACCCAGACCCAGACCCAGACCCCGACCCGGCCCCGGCCCCCGCCCCUGCCCCCCGGGCCGAUGGACUACUCCUACCUCAAUUCGUACGACUCGUGCGUGGCGGCCAUGGAGGCGUCCGCCUACGGCGACUUCGGCGCCUGCAGCCAGCCUGGCGGCUUCCAAUACAGCCCCUUGCGACCUGCCUUCCCCGCAGCGGGGCCGCCUUGCCCCGCGCUCGGCUCCUCCAACUGCGCGCUUGGCGCCCUUCGCGACCACCAGCCCGCGCCCUACUCGGCAGUACCCUACAAGUUCUUCCCGGAGCCGUCUGGCCUGCACGAGAAGCGCAAGCAGCGGCGCAUCCGCACCACGUUCACCAGCGCGCAGCUCAAGGAGCUGGAGCGCGUCUUCGCGGAGACCCACUAUCCCGACAUAUACACGCGCGAGGAGUUGGCGCUCAAGAUCGACCUCACCGAGGCUCGCGUGCAGGUCUGGUUCCAGAACCGCCGGGCCAAGUUCCGCAAACAGGAGCGCGCGGCCAGCGCCAAGGGCGCGGCGGGCACGGCAGGAGCCAAAAAGGGCGAGACGCGCUGCUCCUCCGAGGACGACGACUCCAAGGAGUCCACGUGCAGCCCCACGCCCGACAGCACCGCGUCGCUGCCGCCGCCGCCACCACCACCGCCCGCACCCAGCCUGGCCAGCCCGCGUCUGAGCCCCAGUCCGCUGCCCGCCGCCCUGGGCUCUGGGCCCGGGCCUGGGCCGGGGCCGCAGCCGCUCAAGGGCGCGCUAUGGGCCGGCGUGGCAGGCGGCGGGGGCGGGGGCGGGGGCGGCCCGGGCGCCGGAGCAGCCGAGCUGCUGAAGGCCUGGCAGCCGGCGGAGCCCGGGCCGGGACCCUUCUCAGGAGUUCUGUCCUCCUUUCACCGGAAACCCGGCCCUGCCCUCAAGACCAACCUCUUCUAGCCACCGGCCUCCGGAGGCUCCCCAGCUUGCCCCCAGAGCCGCCCUGGGCUCAGGACCCAACAAAAUCCCAUUCUGGUACCUGCCUGGAAAUCCCAUCUCUUCCUGUCCCCCAUGGUGUCCGACCCCUCCGUGUGCCCACCCUGACCUUGGAGACCAAACCAGGGCCACUGGUCUGCCACCUGUGCCUGCAGAGUGGAACCUUUCACAGGGACCCCCUCUUGGAGAACACAGAGCCCUCACCAGCCUGGAUUUCUUUGCAGGUGGGAUCAAAUGACACCUAACCCCAAAGUGCCCUCAAUGUGAGCGUCCCCAAAGAGGAGCGGCACAGCCCCUUCGCUGGUUCUGCUGCUGGUUGAAUCAUUGUUUAUCUCGGUGGCCAGGGAUGCUGGCUAUCCCACCCCCUUGGACCCAUUCCCUACUGAGGCUGGGGUCAGCCACAGGAGUCCUGUGGCCUUGCAUCCCUCCCCCUUCCUGGCAGGUCUGGCGCCCAGUGCACCUGUCAGAG